ACUAAAAGCUUCUUCUCUUUCUCUCUAGUGAGUUCCAGUAAAGUUCCGGCAGAGGACAGACUGCUGCGGUCUCUCUUCACAGGAUACAGUAAACUGGCCCGUCCAGUUGAGAAUAUCAGUGAUGUGGUGCUCGUCCGGUUCGGACUGUCCAUCGCUCAGCUCAUUGAUGUGGAUGAAAAAAAUCAAAUGAUGACCACAAAUGUGUGGGUGAAACAAGAAUGGCACGAUUAUAGACUCCGCUGGAACCCCAAAGAUUAUGAGAAUGUCACGGCCAUGAGGAUACCGGCACAGUUUAUAUGGAAACCAGAUAUAGUGCUGUAUAACAAUGCGGAUGGAGAUUUCACCGUGACACACCUGACCAAGGCUCACCUGUUCUUUAACGGACAAGUUACCUGGAUCCCUCCGACCAUCUACAAGAGCUCUUGCUGCAUUGACGUCACCUUCUUCCCUUUUGACCAGCAGAACUGCACCAUGAAGUUCGGCUCCUGGACCUACGACCGCGGCAAGAUCGACCUGAUCUGUAUGGAUGACAACGUGGACCAGUUGGACUACUGGGAGAGCGGAGAAUGGGUGAUCACCAGUGCCGUGGGCACCUACAACCUCAAGAAGUAUGAGUGUUGCUCGGAGGUGUACCCCGAUAUUACCUACUCCUUCAUCAUCAAAAGACUGCCACUGUUCUACACGAUUAACCUCAUCGUGCCAUGUUUGCUCAUUUCCUGUUUGACUGUGCUGGUCUUCUACCUUCCGUCUGACUGCGGCGAGAAAGUGACCAUGAGUAUCUCCGUUCUCCUUUCUCUAACCGUCUUCCUGUUGCUUAUCACGGAAAUCAUUCCGUCUACAUCACUGGUGAUUCCGUUGAUUGGCGAAUACCUGCUCUUUACGAUGAUUUUCGUCACACUUUCGAUUACACUCACUGUUUUCGUGCUCAAUGUGCACCAUAGGUCACCUCAGACACAUUCCAUGCCUGGUUGGAUCCGUAAGUUCUUCCUGGACGUAAUUCCGAGAUUCCUUUUCAUCAAGCGCCCCCCUGUAUUGCAGAAGUGUAGGAAGAUCGUUGACUCUCAGCAGAAGAAGCGAACGAGCAGCACUCCUUCAGUUUGGGAUGACAACUUGGUUCAUUCUCCAUGUUCACAUAUUCUUGUCAAGCAUCCAGUAAAGUUUCCACCUCUCCAGACUUCCCAUAGCUGUUGCUCUGUUGGGUCUUUAGGUCCUCCAGGUCCACUCUUCUCAAAUUCUCCAAAAGCUUCUGAAGAGAAGCUACAGGGCAAGGAAAAGACCCGCUCACUAAGUGUGCAAUAUGGACUUGGGGAGCGAGAGUGUAAGCCUUCUAAUGCUAGCAAACGCUAUCGUUCGCGUAGCAUCCAGUACUGUUGUCUUCAAGAGGGGCUUCAACAAAAUCAACGGAGGCCUUCUGUAUUUCAGUUCCCCUCUGUGGCUGAGGAACAAUUUAAUGUGGCAGGCUGUAAAUGUAAUGUGAUGCCAGAGAGUAUGUUAGCUACAAAAUCCGCCAAAAUGACAGACACAGAGGAAAAUCUACAAAUCACGACAACUAAUGCUAUGCUGCAAGCCAUUGAGGGAGUGCAAUACAUCGCUGACUACCUCCGUGCAGAGCAUGCAGAUUUAUCUGUAGGUUGUCUGGUGUUGUUUAAUCCUGUUCAGUCACCAAAUGCAAGUAAAAAUUGGCUUUAAGUAAAUAAACUUCAAAUAAAGGCCAGUAUGCUUGGAACUUUAAUAGUAAAUGUCAUUUGCCAUUGCUUAAUUAUUGUAUGACCAAAGUCAUUGUGUUUUUCUAUUUCAGGUGAGGGAAGAGUGGAAGUAUGUGGCCAUGGUCAUUGAUCGGAUCUUCUUGUGGAUGUUUAUAUUGGUGUGUAUUCUGGGUAUUGUAGGACUGUUCUUCCCUCCAUGGUGGGCUGAAAUGAUUUAAUAUUCAUUAUGAUGAAAAAGCAAUUAAAACCACAGUAUUCAAAGACCUGGGUCUAGCCCACAUCACAACUACAUAUGAUUACUAUACUCGCAUGUAGAAUAGGACGUCUGUCGAAAAUGUGUUUGUUAAAAUAUCCUCAUUUAGUCUUCCUUCAGUUAAAGUGUUUUUACCUGUUGUUGUUAAAGUUCCAUUAGACUUGUAAAUAGAAACUAAUUUUGUCUGAUAUAAAUGUAUUAUUAAUGAUCAUAUCCCGUGUUUUGCCUUUACAUUUACAUUUACCUUUAAUGGUCAUUUUUAUCAUUAAAGUGGACUUUUUGAAAAACAUUUUUUUUGAAAAAAUACAAAUAAAGAAAAACACCCCUUACAAAAGUAUGAUGAGGGUCUCAUUCAUGAUAGGAUGGUCUCAGAUGCUAAUACCAUAAAUGUGUACAAUGAUUACCAUAUUACCAUGGUAUUUAUGGUACAUGGUAUUCCAAGUACCAUGUAAGGAUACCAUGUUACUGCCAUGAUAUGUAACAAAAAAAAAAGCAAAAAAAAAAAAAGACAUGUCAUCAUGGUAUAAUGUCCCAAAAAAUGUUAUUACAAUAAAAAAAUAAAAAAAUAAAAAAAACAUUAUCAUCAUGGUACCAACAAUAAAUAAAUAAAUAAACAAAUAAAAAUAAAUAAAAAUAAAACAUGUUAUUA